AUGGUUUCUAUCUCUGCAACUCCAUCUUCAAUAGAUAUGAUGAAAAUAUCCAGUUACAGCAAUGGAUCGCCGUUGACAACAACAGCAACUUCCACAAAUACUUUGGGACCUCUGAUCGCGACGCCGACAGCUAAUGAGCGGAUGGAUCUGGUAUGCGAUUCGAAGGAUUGUAUGAAGUUGACGCCAGUUAACUUGAAAUGUCUGGCAUCUCCGAUACGGCAGUCGUGCUUUGAAGUAGAGGAGUACAAUGCUCAUCGAAGUCUUGUGGCAGGCGAUGUUUACAAGGAAAACUUCUCGCUGAUUUCUAGACAAUUGGAGAAACUUUUGGAGAAUCUAGAUGUCAUAUUCAAGACCAUAGGCUAUUCCAACUCCGAGAUAAUAAAUAAGGAGAAAAUGGUCUUCAAUACGCUAUCGAACUCGAUCAAUGAAUUUUUCGAGGAAGCUGAGAGAGAUAUGAAAGUCCUAACGGAAGAGAACGAAUCCUCGCAAGAGAUUCUUAAUCGAAUAUUGGAAAUAAUUCAUGAUCCUAGCGGGCUACAAUCGAUACCAGACUUAUAUGUGAGGAACGCUAUACUGGUACCUGAGAGCAAGAACGUUCCUGGAUCUCCCAGAAAGCCGCUUUCACUUUUGAGUAAACAAAAAUUGCUGACAUCGGCCAAAACGUACGUAUUCGAAGCGUAUCUGCCCAAGCUUAUGAGGUAUUUGCAGGGUUGCAUACAGCUGAUGACGGUAUUCGAAGCGAUCAAGGAGCCUCUACCGAAUUUACCAAUGGCCAAUGUCAUGUAUUUCGUUCCCAGCCCGGACGUCUCAAAACGACUUAGGGAUGCACUAAAGCGAUGUCACAACGAUGUUGAUCUCAUCUCUACAUUUAUUAAAGAAAACAAGCAAGAGCUGCUCUUCAGCGGGAAGUUUAGCGAUAUCUCAAGCGAAAUGACUCAGAAAAUAUUUCAAUCUGCCGCGAUCUACGAGGAGGAAUAUAAGAAGAGAUUGAAUGAAAUAGUGUCAACUAAAACCGCAUUGGAAGAUCUUUUCAAAGUACUGCAUAUUGAUCUGAAAAAUGAUCUCGAUCCACAAACAAUAGAUAUUUUAUCCUACUAUUCGGGUAUUAAAUCUGUUGAACGUCUUGACCGAUAUCUGCCGGUGCAUCAGCAAGUCAGGAAUCAUUUGCAAGAAACGAUAAAAAAAUUCCAGGAUAUCCAUAGAGUACGAACCGAAAGCAAAGAGAAGCUGUUGAAUAAAUGCCAGAAUCUUUGGCUAAAACUGAAAGUGCCUGCAACGUACGUGGAAUCGUUCCUUUCCCAAACGGCUGGUCUGUCCCUUGAUUCCAUAAAAAAAGUCUCCCAGGAGCUGGAGAAACUGGAAUCAAUGAAGAAGCGUAUAAUCAAGACGCUUGUGAAUGAAUCAUGGCAAAAAAUAGAAGAACUGUGGAAAAUUUUACAGUACGACGAGCAGGAAAAAUCACAGUUUUUGCUUACUUUCGAUACAUUAAGGAAAUCAAGCUCAACCCUCCAGGAUGAUGAGAAACUGCUUGAGGCUUGCGAGAAAGAGAUUCAAAUUCUCGAAAAAAAAUUAGCCGUCUACACACCAGUAUUACAGCUCAUCAAGGAGUUUAAGCAGCUGCAGGCAGAUAAGGCUUCCCUCGAUGAGAGCUCUAAAGAUUCCUCAAGGCUACUCUUGAGAAAUUCGCACAAAAUUCUCCUACAAGAAGAGAAAACGAGGAAAAGGAUAACACGGCACUUCCCCAGAGUAAUCCAGGAGUUAAAAGAGGGUCUUUGCAAAAUUCAGAGGCUCUUUGGCAAACCAGUAUUUCUAGGUAAUGAGAAGCUGAUUGAUAUUGUGACGCAGCAGGAAGAAGAAAUUAUCUCCAAAUAUCCCAGGAGUAGACUGAAUCUUGGAGCUAGGAAGCCUAGUAGGGUCCAGAUUAAACAUAGCCCCAGCAAGGUUGAAAAGCCCCAACCGGUCGUGAAGAAGGAAAGAUGCAAUGACACGCUACGGGAUAUUGUUGUCACGAGUUUAAGCGCCUUUCAUCAGACCCCAUUGACUAAGAUCACCAAGAGGGAACCUGAAGCUAAAUUUGCAGCAGAAACUCCAGAAUGUGCGUCGCAGUCCAAUAGCAUACUACAGCUAUCCAGGUUCUCAAGCCCUCCGCGAACCUUGAGAAAACUUUUACCACCAAGGAUUAUUACAAGACAGGAAUCGUCAAAGAUACCAGAAGUAAAGCUUAAACGGUCGGAAAGCUCGAACCUACAGUCCUCUCCAAUAUUUAGACCGAAAGCUCUUGGAACUAAAAGAGAGCUAGUGCGUCCCACAAGGCUUUUUGCCGUAUCGCCGAACAAGAUCAAUCAACGGAGCAGUCAAAUCCCAGUACUGCACAAAUCUGUGUCUGCCAUAGCCGAAAUGAUAGGCAGGAUCAGCGACAAGGAAAAUAUCGUAGAUUCUACUCCCAGAUUUCAGAGAAAGCCAUCUAACGAAGGUGUAACCUUGAGCAGUCCCUACAGAGAGCCAGAAAACAGUGUGUAUAAGAUUUCCAUGUCUCCUGAUGGGAAAUGCCAACUGAAUGUAAAACAAGGCGACAUAGAUAGUGCCUACGAUGAGACUAGUAUCAUCGAUGCUGAGAAUGACAAGGAUUUUCAAACAUGGAAGAACGAGCAGCUAUUAAAAAUUAAUGAACAUUCCAAGGAUAUUUUAUAA